CCCUUCCUGUGGAAUUUUCCUUACAGAGAGAGAGAGAGAGAGAGAGAGAGAGAGAUGCGGGGCAUAAAAAGAGGCGAUGCAGUGGCAGAGCUUCUCAGCUCGACAUCGGAGCCACUGUGGAUGCUGCCAGGCUCAGGCUGCAGAGCUAGAGAACUGUGCCUUGUUUUCUGCCUGAAUCCCAGCCAAGAUGUGGAUGGUGUCGCCUCCUUCUGGUCUCUUUCAGUACACCAAGAAGCUCUUCCUGAGCGAACAAGCCGGGCGGGCGCAAGCGGCAGAGUUCGUGCGCAAAAAUGUCGCCAACUUCAUCUCCAUAGCGAACCUGGUGGUGGGGCUUUCCUCCGUCCUUUGCAGCCUUAACGGGCAUUACCAAUAUGCUUGCUGGCUGGUCCUGACCGGAUUCCUGUUGGAUCUUGCAGACGGCGCCGUCGCCAGACAUCUCAACGCCUGCUCCGCUUUGGGUGCCAAGCUGGACGACUUUGCUGACUUCACCUCCUUCGGCCUGGCCACCGCUUUGCUCCUCCAAGCCCAUGGCAUCCUGGACGGGCUGCUGGUCAUCGUCUACGUCAUGGCCGUCUUCACCCGCCUCUGCUUCUUCUCCAGCGGGGUCCCCUUCAUGUAUCGGGGUCUUCCUUGCCCCUACGGCGCCUCCGUCCUGGCAGCCACCUAUCUCCUGACCGGCGGUAACCUCCUGGUCCUGCGCAUCGUAGCCAUGGUCAUGAUCCUCUUCAUGGUGGACCAGGGCUUCUAUCCUCAUGACAAAGUGCUGGAGUCUCAAUUGUGGAAGAAGGUGGUCUACGCCGGAGGGGUCCUGAUGGUCCUAUUCUCGGCCUCCUCCUUGGCCUCGCUCUACUACCUGAUUUGGUCCACGUCGUACAUCAUCUUCCCUUCGGCCUUGUGGAGUUACAAAGUCUAACCGCCCCAAUUGCAUCUGUCUUGGAGGAGGAGGAGAAAGAGGACGACGACAACCACAACCGUCACCACACUUCGCUGUGGCCGCUGCCCAAACGGCUGCGCGUCCCAAGGAAUCGGACAAACGGCCGGCCCAACGAUAGCCGUACUAUUGCACCUUUCCAGCUUGACCAUAAAGGUGGUGGUGCAAGGUGUGUGUGUCUGCAUCUCUCUCGCACACGCAUCCAUUGGUUUUCAUUCUCUCUUGGGGCAGGACGGCAAAAACGGCGUCGCACUCACAGCCCUCCUCCUUCGGUGUAGAUAAACCUGUACAGAAAUCUUUAUCUCUAUAGAGACUUGUACAAAAAAAAAUUGAUGUAUAGAUUUUAAGAAGAAGAAGAAGAAGAAAAGUAAUCAGUUUUUAGGUUUGUACUCUUUAUAUAUUUUUUUAGUGUGAGAUUUACAUGUCGGUUUGGUGGGGUUUCUGCUAGAGAUGGAGACAAGGCGCAGCGUCGGUUCUUCCCCUCCUGGGUUAAUUUUUGGGGUAAUUUACUACUUGCAAACUGCCAAAUUUGCAAAUGCUGGAAAACUGGGACCAAAAAGGUUGUCCCUUUAGGAAAAAGGAAACCCGUCUGUCUUUCUCCCCCUUCCACUCCAUGACCAAAAUACUGACCUUAACUGGACUCUGAUCCCCAUCACAAGAAAUGGCUUUGGAUGGACAUAGCCUUGCAGGGAUUGUCCCUUGCAUGUGUUUCAUGCAUUGCAAAACCUUCAGAAGUGGGUCUUGGUCUUUUCGCCACUGACCGCAACACUGGCUGGAGAAAGGGCCAAAUCCUGCCUGGACAGCCCAUGACCAUUCAAAAUGACCGCUUGAGAAGCUUUGGGUUGGAGGGUCGGGUGGGUUGUUCCAUCCCCAAAUAAUAUUGGAAUAUAGUCCACUUGAAACCGAUGCUCUUGGGUUUUCAGAAAUAAAGAUUUUAAAACAAGAA